AUGUACAUAACUUUUAUUCCACUUCUUCCCUUUAUGCCAGAAACCCCGAUUGUCCGCCAUGAUGAACACUCCACACUUUCCUGUUACCUCCUCAACAGCUCAUCUCUUUCUCUCUCACUCUGUCAUAAACACCUUUCUCUCCCACCACCUUCUAUAGCACAUUCUUCUCGAUCUCUUUGCAUGUUUCCUUCUGUCUCUCUAACCAACGCCCUCUUUUUGCCUCUCCUUCUCAUUCAGCAGCAGCUAGUUGUUGUUGUUCGAGGUGAGUUUGCCAGGCAUACAUACCUAACCUACCUAAAUUUUGAAGCUCCAAUGGCUGCUAUUAGGAAAAAACUGGUCAUUGUGGGAGAUGGUGCAUGUGGUAAAACCUGUCUGCUAAUUGUAUUCAGUAAAGACCAAUUCCCCGAGGUCUAUGUCCCUACAGUUUUUGAGAACUAUGUAGCAGAUAUAGAAGUAGAUGGCAAACAGGUUGAACUGGCACUAUGGGAUACAGCGGGUCAAGAGGAUUAUGACAGAUUACGGCCCUUGUCUUAUCCAGAUACAGAUGUAAUUCUUAUGUGCUUCUCAAUAGAUAGCCCUGACAGUUUGGAGAAUAUUCCUGAGAAGUGGACCCCAGAAGUGAAGCAUUUCUGUCCUAAUGUGCCAAUUAUAUUGGUAGGCAAUAAAAAAGAUCUGCGCAAUGAUGAUGUGACACGCCGAGAAUUGGCCAAGAUGAAGCAAGAGCCUGUUAAGGCUGAAGAGGGCAAGUCAAUGGCUGACAAAAUUGGUGCUUUCUCUUACUUGGAAUGUUCAGCUAAAACUAAGGAAGGUGUACGAGAGGUGUUUGAGACUGCAACCAGGGCAGCUUUACAAGUUGAACUGGCUCUCUGGGAUACAGCUGGCCAAGAGGAUUAUGAUCGGCUGAGGCCCUUGUCUUACCCAGAUACAGAUGUGAUUCUUAUGUGCUUCUCAAUUGAUAGUCCUGACAGUUUAGAGAACAUCCCUGAAAAGUGGACACCAGAAGUGAAACAUUUCUGCCCCAAUGUACCCAUCAUUCUGGUUGGCAACAAGAAGGACCUUCGCAAUGAUGAGAACACAAAGAGGGAACUAAUGAAGAUGAAGCAGGAACCUGUACGACCAGAGGAGGGCCGGGCAAUGGCUGAGAAAAUAAAUGCCUACAGCUACUUAGAAUGCUCUGCUAAGACCAAAGACGGGGUCCGUGAAGUGUUUGAGACUGCAACUAGGGCAGCACUUCAAGUGAAGAAGAAGAAGAAAGGGGGAUGUGUCGUGUUUUUGGUUGAUCUAAACAUUUUUCUCUCUUUCUGCCCACCCCAAACAUGGCAAAUGCUUUUCUUUUUCUUCCUCUUUUUAUCCAAAUCCCUUCUCUUUCUUCCCCCCUUAUCUAUAAAAAUGAUUUUAAAGAAUUAUUUUCCUGGUUCAAGUGAUUCUUUGUCCAGCUCCUUGACGCCUGUUCAUACAUAG